GUCGAGCAUCCCAUUUCACGAUGCAGACACGACUGUGUUCACCAGCAGUACUGAAACGCGUCGGAUUUCGUUGCCUAUCUACGAACUGCAAUGGUGACUUUCCCCCUGGUUUCACGCUAUUACCGAAUUUUCUGGACACCCAUGAGCAGCGAAUUCUCUUAACCGCCGCACUGGACCAGCUUGAUUCGCUCGAAAACAAGCGUGUUCGCAGGUUCCAAAAACAGUACCGUACUCUACAUGGUCCGUCCGAAGCUGACGCAUUCUUGCCUGAGAGGCUUUAUACCUUCCAAAAAGGCCACUAUGACAAUGUCAUCCGAGAUUAUCGCGAGAUGCACCUUUCAUCCUGGGGAGAAUCACAAACCCUAGAUCUUUCGCGGGUAUUAAAUCGAUUGCACACUCUAUAUCCAUCCGAAAACACCCAGACACACAUUUUACAUCUCGCCUCGGAAGGGGAAAUACUUCCCCACAUUGACAACAUCUUCUCAAGUGGUAGGUGGAUUCUCGCCGUCAGUUUAGGGGCGGCACGAGUAUUGCGCAUGGAAGAAGAAAAUACACUCACUCCCAAGAAAUUCGACGUCCUACUCACAUCUGGCAGUGUAUACUUACAGAGAGACGACGUGAGGUACCACUGGAAACAUUCCCUCACACGACCCCAUGAGUCCAUGAAUACCAUUGACGGCCAGCGAGUCAGCAUCGUCGUCAGAGAUCGCAAGGAAUGGCCGCAAAUAAAAACAGGAUCACGAUGAUCUAAUGAGAAGCCAUCCACCGAGGCUACGAUGUGCGCACAAGACAUUGAUGAUUGACACUCCACUUUGUGACACAAUAAGCUCACAUCUCUGUAUGUUGUCUACCCUGUGCCGUUUUGCAUCUGACCAACACCUUCACACACGUUCUCCUGUCGACUAGCUUUUGCUUGUAACAUUACGUGACUUGCCUAUAAGACGAUUACAAUCACUACAGUACAUGCGUCCACACCUGUUGGAUGAUGCCGACCUACAAAGCUACGUUACACCAUUCCCUACUUCGUAGUGUAUGUGAUACGUUUCCAUCAACCGAAUGCAGGCCUUUUAGAACUGCGUAUUUUCUUGCCAGGGUAUAAUAUAAAAUCCAGUCUGUCUGCUCUGAUCCGU